CUUGGCGCCAGCUGCCUGAGAGGACAGUUCGGUUGUGCUCACCUGCAAUGACCUCGUGGUUGUUUGCUGGUCAACUACCACUGCCAUAGAUUCAAUCCAGUGGCGUCCACCGCGAUGGGAGAAAGUUCUUCUCGUUUAAACAAGUCUGGCAGGGUAAGGCUGAAACAGUGGGCCCCGAAAGUCAAAUCGGGUUGUAUAACAUGCAGGAUACGACGCAUCAAGUGUGACGAGACGAAACCGAGGUGAGAGAAAAGAUGUACCCGGUUCGAUCAGGUGAAUCCCGCUUGCCACCGCCGGUCUGACACCAACAACAAUGGUAGCUGCACGAGAUGUACAUCGACCGGCAGAACCUGCGAUGGCUACGACGAUCUUGCUCUUAAGCAGAUAACCAAGUCACCACACGUGGUGCGGAUGGCUUCGGCCUGGGAACAGGUCUCCGGCAACACAAUCGAGAUCGAAAACUUUGAGUUCUUCCGCUCCGUCACCACCACCGAUCUAGCUGGCUUCUUCGAUAUUGGCUUCUGGACCGGAAAAUUGCUCCAACUAGCGCACCAGUACCCAACCCUCUGGCACGCCAUGACCGCGCUGGCAUGUGUACACCACGACUUUGUGACUGAUCGAACCCCGAGCACCGUCGCACGGGUCGGCGACACUCCGAACGUGCGUUUCGCCUUGGUGCAAUUCAACAAGUCCAUCCAAUCACUCCGAAGGCUGCUUUCGAGGCCUACUUUAACGCGCCUGGACAAAGUAGUGGCGCUCAGCACCUGUCUCUUGUUCACCUGCAUGGCGAGUCUACAGGGCCGUCAAUGGCAGGCCUUUGUGCAUAUCAACUCGGGGCUCAAGAUGUUCCAUCACUGGGACUUGGGAGUCAGGAAUAGAGAAAGACUAGACCAUGAUCGGGAGAUCGAUCUGUUACUGGUGGCCUUUACGCAACUCGAUACCCAAGCCCGCCCAUACCUCCCCAACCAAAGGAGCGACUUCCAGUGGACGGACAGCCGAAUCACCUUGUCGUCCACCAAGGAGCCCUUUCGAUCCCUGCUGGACGCAUAUCUCACCUUAGAAGUUCAUUUCAACAGUCUGAUGCGACUCAUGAUGAGCAAGGAAUUCGCCAACCCCGCCCGCGUUGCUGAGAACCUCGUCAAGAAGCAGAAAUGCGUCGACGACUUCGAGCAGUGGGACGUCAGGCUCAGCGGCUUUGUAUCCACCGCGGAUCCUUUGGCGACGGAUGACCGGGCCCUCGACCUGCUCUACGUCCGUCGCAUCUUCGCACACGUGUUCCUGACCCUCGAUUUCACCAAAGGCGAGCUGUGCCAUGACGACUUCUUCGAAGAUUACAAGCGAAUGCUCAAUCUGGCCACGAAGCUGCUAGAUGACCUGAACUCGACCCCUCAAGCGAGCAAAAACACCUCGCAUCCCAACUUCUGUCUCUCAACCACCGUGGCCGAGCCAUUGUUUCUCAUUGCGACUCGCUGCCGGGAACCGACAGUCCGUCGCAAUGCACUACGCCUACUUCAGCAGUACCCGCGCCGCGAGGGGAUCUGCGAGGGGAUGGUGGCCGCGAAGAUCGCCGAGACGAUGAUCGACAUCGAGGAGACGGGGUGUCAUGGAGGACAAGCCGACUCGUGUACGACCGGACAGUGGGUGUGUGCAGUUCAUCGCGUGGCGAUCGUGAACUUUGUCCUUGCUGCGGAAAGGCAGAUCAAGAUUCAGAUCCAGACCGUCGAGGAUUUGAUGCUGGGAAGGGCCGAGAGGGUCCUGGUUACUAGUUACUGGUGAUUUUUUCUAGAAUACUGUACAUAGAUCGGAUGCGAACCGUAUAUCCUCUUCUAGCGAUCCAGCUCGAGCACGCAGGCCAGUUAGUAU